CCCCAAACCUACGAAAGCAGCUGUUUUGAAAACUUGCAUUUAUAGGUUAAUUAUUAGGUAACUUGGUGAUUUUCGAAAAUAGAAUAACAAUCGCGAGAAUGGCAUCGCUUUUACGGCAAUUCACACGUAUCAUCCGGCCCGCUCCAAUUAUUAAUAAACACGUGUGCAGCAAUGUUGCCAAUGGCCUACGUUAUGCCUCUUCAGCAAGUGAUAGCGCGCCCACUGAAGUCAAAGCAGAAACUAGACCAACUGUGCGGAAAUUUGAUGCCGUCAGUAGGUCAAUGUUGAAGGAGUUUGGACAAUAUGUUUCUGAAUGUCUACCCAAGUACAUCCAGAAGGUGCAGCUUACAGCUGGUGAUGAACUUGAGCUGUUGAUUGUCCCUGAGGGUGUCUUGCCAGUAUUACAGUUCUUGAAGGAUCAUCAUGCUGCUCAGUUUGGCAACCUGACUGAUAUUGCUGGUAUGGAUGUACCAAGCAGACAAUACAGAUUUGAAAUCAUCUACAACAUUCUGUCAUUGAGGUUCAAUUCACGCAUACGAGUGAAGACUUACACAGAUGAGUUGACUCCAAUUGACUCCUGUAAUGAUAUCUAUAAGGCCGCCAACUGGUAUGAAAGAGAAAUUUGGGACAUGUAUGGUGUGUUCUUCGCCAACCAUCCUGAUCUUCGUCGUAUUCUUACCGAUUACGGCUUCGAAGGACACCCUUUCCGAAAGGAUUUCCCUCUGACUGGAUACGUGGAAGUGCGCUAUGACGAUGAGCAGAAACGCGUCGUCGUAGAGCCUCUGGAAUUGGCGCAGGAGUUCCGCAAGUUCGAAUUAUCCGCACCGUGGGAGCAAUUCCCCAAUUUUCGAAAGGCGCCUGAGCCUUCCGAGGAUGUACCACUGAAGAAGGAAGAACUCAAAAAGUGAAAUUAGUUAAAUUGUACAGAAACAAAAUUAUAAAUAUCUGAAAUAUUUAAGAAAUCUUUCCAUCAUAUGCUCCUAGCUCACAUACAUGAAGGAAAGAGUUUAUAAUAAAGAUGUAUUGCUUGAAACAAACUUUGUUUCGCAUUACAAAAACAAUUCAAUCUCCAAA